AUGAAUAACGUGCCAGCAAAUACUGGUCAUACUUCAACUGGCCUUCAACCGAGACGUUUUAGUGAACGAACAACAGCAAAUAUGCGUGGACGUGCGGAACUUAUUACUCCUCGAACUGGUUUAAAUAAACGAAUGUAUGGUGAUAAUUCAAAAACUACCGAACUCAAUGUCGACGAGCAAUUUGUUCGUGCAUGUGAAAAUGGAGAUUAUAGUACAGUUCAUCGAAUACUUCUAGAAAAUGAAAAAUAUAAUAUUGAUGUUGCCAAUCAAUUGGGUCGUACAGCAAUACAAUUGGCUAUUGAAAAUGAGCAUCUUGAAGUUGUUACACUUCUCUUAUAUUCUUGUGAUGGACAAAAAAUACGUGAAGCAAUAUUAUUAGCUAUUUAUCUGGGUCAUAUACAAAUAGCUGAAGCAUGUUUACAUCAUCCAACAUUUCGAAGAUUAAAUGAUAAAAGAGCUAUAACUGAUAGUGAAGGGACAUUUUGGCAAACACCAACAUCUGAUGAUACACAAUUUGCAUCGGAUAUAACACCAUUAAUGUUAGCAGCACAACAUAAUCGAACUGAAAUAGUUCAAUUACUUUUAAGUCAAGGUGAUCGUAUAACAAAACCACAUGAUUAUCAUUGUAAAUGUAUAGAAUGUCGUAAUCGAUUUAAAUUUGAUUCAUUACGUCAUGCACAAUCACGUUUAAAUGCAUAUCGUGGUUUAGCUAGUGAAAGUUAUAUUAGUUUAGCAUCGAUUGAUCCAAUUUUAACAGCAUUUGAACUUGGCCGAGAAUUAAGAGAUUUAUCUGGAAAAGAAAAAUAUUUUAAAAAUGAAUAUAUGCUAUUAGCUGAUCAAUUAAGUGCAUAUGCAGUUAAAUUACUUGAUAAAGUUCGUGGUCAUAAAGAACUUGAUUGUGUUUUGGGAAAAACUGGCAAAGAAUCAGAAGAAAAAUAUGUCAUAUUAGCACGACUUUAUUUAGCAAUUAAAUAUAAAGAAAAAUCAUUUGUUGCUCAUUCGAAUUGUCAACAAAAAUUAGUCGAAAUUUGGCAUAGUCAAAUACGUAAUAUAUUCAAAUUAAAUCCAUUAUUGAUUUUAUUAUUAACUAUUUCAUAUAUAUUUAUAUUACCAUUUGCUUGUGUAAUUUACAUUUUAACAUCAUGGUCAAUUUAUACAAUAAAAUUUCAAAGAUUUCUUAAACAACCAUGUAUAAAAUUUAUUGGUCAUACAAUAACAUAUGCAGUAUUUAUUGUUUUAAUCAUUGUUUCAAGUUUUUUAUUUGCUAGUGAAUCUAAAAAAGAUUUAGUACAAUUAAAGAACAUUUCAACUUUAUCAGAUACAUUAAAUAAAGCACUAGAAGAUCAAAAAACAAAUAAUUAUAGUAAUAGUACUUGUCGAAUUUAUCCAGUACCUAAUUUUGUUUUUCGCGCUGAUAAACCAACAUGGAUUGAUAUAACAAUAUCAGUUUUUGUUUUUGGUUUUCUUUGGCGUGAAAUAAAGCAAGCAUAUAAUGAUGGUCUGCAAGAUUAUCUUCUAUCAUGGAAUAAUAUUGUUGAUUCAUGUACAACUAUAUUAUAUAUAUCAUCAUUUGCGCUUAAAUAUUAUGUCAUUUUUCAAGUCAAAGAAUCGCGUAAAAUCCUUAGUGAUAGUACGUUUGGAAAGGAUGUUGGACAACUUUGUGAUUUAAGUAAAACAGCUCAAGAGGAUAUCUAUCGAACAUUUUAUUGGUUAAAUGCUGAUCGUUAUUAUUGGGUACCAUUCGAUCCAAUUAAUGUUGCUGAAGGACUUUUUGCUAUAGCAAAUAUACUAAGUUUUGCACGUAUUUGUUUUCUUUUACCAGCAUUUCAACAUUUAGGACCAUUACAAAUUUCAUUAGGUCGAAUGAUGUCGGAUAUUGGAAAAUUUAUUAUAAUAUUUCUAAUAAUUUUCUGUGGUUUUAUGUUUGGUUUAAAUAAUUUAUUUUGGUAUUAUAAGAAGUCCGUACGAGAGAAAGUCGAAAUAUAUCGUCAUCUUCCAGACAGUGGCGAUGAGAAUGAAAAUUUACCGGCCGAGGAAUCUUUUGGAACAAUGAGUUCAACAUUUAAAACCGUAUUUUGGUCAUUAUUUGGUUUAGCUGAAAAAGAAGGUGUACAAUUGAAUCAUUAUAAUAAACGUUUUACAGAGACAGUUGGAUAUUUAAUAUAUGGUGCGUUUAAUAUUGCAAAUGUUAUUGUUUUACUUAAUAUGCUUAUUGCCAUGAUGUCAAAAUCUUAUGAAGCCAUUGAAGAACAUGCUGAUGUUGAAUGGAAAUUUGCUAGGAGUAAACUAUAUAUGGAAUUUAUUAAAGACGGAGGAACAUUACCAGUUCCAUUUAAUAUUGUUCCAACACCAAAAAGUAUUUAUCGUUUAUUUUGUAAUAUAUAUGCUUGGAUGACAAAAUCAAAAGAUCCAACGGAUGAACAACCAGUUGAAAAUGGACAUUCACCAUCAGCAAUACGUCCAACACCGCGUGCUAAUCGAAGACAAAGUACGAAUGGUAAUGGUUUAGCAACAGUAUCAAAUGGGCAACUAUCAAAUGUUCCUAAUAAUCAUCGAACACGUCAAGGUUCUUUUUUUGAUCAAGUCUUAACAUAUCGUAAAGUAAUGGAUCGUGUUAUAAAACGUUUUCUUCUACAUAAACAACGUGAAGAACAAGAAGAAAUUCGUGAAGGUGAUUUCGAAGAACUUAAACAAGAUGUUCAAAUGUUACGUUUUGAAUUAUUAAAUCGUUUGGAUUCAACACGUGAGGAUUUAUAUAAAAAUAGUCAUUUAUUAAAUGAAGGUGUACUUCUUGUUGGUGAACUCUUAUCCGUAUUAUCAAAUGAUACAAAUCCAUUAAUAAAAGAAAACUUUCAUUUAUUUAAAAAAAGUUUUUAUGCAACAACUGAUAGUGGAAUUCAAUCAAAUUCAUCAACUUUAAGUACACUAUCAAUGCCAAAUUUAACUCUACCAGUUCAAACAUCAGCAUUAAUAUCAAAUUCAAAUUCAGCACCAAAUUUACAUCAAGAAGAAUCAGAUAUUGAUCCAAUAGAUACUGUUAGAUCAUUAACUGCAGUACAUGCUCGAUUAUCAAAUAUUAAAGAAGAAGAAGAAGAAUAUUUACAUAAUACAUUAAAAUAUAUUGAUGAUGAUGAUGAAGAAGAAGAAGAAGUUGAAGCACAACAUAUGUCAGUACAAACAACAGGAGAUAAUAAUCAACGAUUUUUUUCGAAACUUUAA